CCCGGCUUUGCCGACAGGAUCACAGAUAUCGUGCGCCAUAUCAAUAAGCCAGCUGGUCUUUUCCAAGAGCGAGUACUGUCUCACUACUCCGACCUCGCCCCGAAGGAGAACCAGAGGAGAGGGACAGAAUUUGUAGGGAGGCCCGCUGUGAAAGCGAUCUGGACUUCCACGUCGGACGAAAUUGGAUUAGGCGGGGGUGGGUACAUCAAGACAACUCCUGCAGGAACAACGAGCUUAAAUUGACCGAUUGCAGGAGUUGCGGCAGCGGGAGGUGUUUCGGAGGGGUCAUGGUCUGGACCUUGGCUUCCAAACGCGGUGGACGUGAGGAACAAUUGAAAUGGUCGCUCGCCGGCAGCCGCGACGACCCCGCAACAGGGGUGGAACCGUCACUUGAAGUGCAAUUUCGUCACGUGGGGAUCUCCCAUCAAGAAUACGGCUCUACGAGUCAGCCACCUCUGGUCCUAUGCGUUUGUCCUUCGCGCUCGCGACAGGAUCUCCACCACAACGUGAUCCAAAAUUUACACGACUUUUGCCAAUUCUGCAAGAUCGACGGCUCUAUAGCACAAACUACACUCGAUGCAGGGUAGAUUACAGAUACUCGCAACUUUCAUACAGCUCCAUUCGCCCAUCGUCCUAAUACACGGUCUGCUUCGCCA